AUUUCCUUUAAAAUCUACGUAUUCCCUUCAUGCAAUCCAGUGGCUUAUUAGCUUUCUAUUACUAUCGUUCUCUCUCACAGAAUCACACUCUCACCCUUUCGCAAAAAUCCACCAAGGCUCCUGCUUUCCACUUCUCUUUUUCUCUCACUUAUUCCCACCCUCACCCUUUCUGCAAAAAUCCACCAUGGCUCUGGAGUCGAUCGGAGGAUCAAUUCUCUCUGCUCUCGUUGAGGUUCUGGUCGACAGGUUGGCCUUUCGUGAGGUUCCGGGCUUCUUCAAAAGCCACGAACUCGAUGAUGGUCUUCUGGAAAAGCUGAAAGAAACACUGAAUACUGUCAACGGACUACUCGACGAUGCGGAGGAGAAGCAGAUUACAAAUCGUGCUGUGAAGAACUGGCUUAAUGAUGUUAAACAUGCUGUGUAUGAAGCUGAGGACAUAUUGGAUGAGAUUAAUUAUGAAUAUCUACGAUCCAAGGACAUUGAUACCCCUCGACCUGAUAGCAAUUGGGAAAGGAAUCUGAUUCCAUUUCUAAAUCCAGCUAAUAGAAGGAUGAAAGAGAGGGGAGCAGAGUUACAAAAGAUCUUUGAGAAGCUUGAACGUUUACUUAAACUCAAGGGUGAUCUGCGCCACAUAGAAGGUACUGGUACAUGGAGAACAUUGUCAGAGAAAACAACUCCACUGGUUAAUGAACUUGAUGUAUAUGGAAGGGAUGCUGAUACGGAAGCCAUAAUGGAGCACUUGCUGACACAACACAACACAAAUGGCUCGAAUUUAUGUGCGAUUCCCAUUGUGGGAAUGGGCGGGAUUGGUAAAACCACUCUUGCUCAGCGUAUCUACAACGACGAAAGGGUAAAGCAGUGCUUCGAGCUCAAAGCCUGGGUCUGGGCUUCUCAACAAUUUGAUGUUGCCAGGAUUACUGAGGAAAUUAUUAAGAAGAUCAAAGCAAGUACUUGCCCCACCAAAGAAUCAAAUGAAUCUCUAAUGGAGGCAGUGAAAGGGAAGAAACUUCUACUUGUUCUAGAUGACGCGUGGAACAUCGAGUACAAUGAAUGGGAAAAAUUACUGCGACCUUUGCGGUAUAUUGAGCCCGGAAGUAAGAUUGUCGUCACAACACGGGGUGAAGAUGUAGCAAAAGUCACGCAAACUCUCAUCCCCUCUCACCGCUUGAAUGUAAUAAGCGAUGAAGAUUGCUUGAAGUUGUUUGCAAGGGAUGCAUUUAGUGGUGUAAAUUCUGGAGCAGUCUCACACUUGGAAGCAUAUGGCAGAGAAAUAGUGAGAAAGUGCAAAGGUUUACCGCUGGCAGCGAAAACUCUUGGGGGUCUUUUGCACUCCGUAGGAGAUGUCAGGCAAUGGGAGAAGAUAUCCAAUAGCAACAUGUGGGGUUUGUCGAAUGAAAACAUCCCUCCAGCUCUAACAUUGAGCUAUUAUUAUCUCCCUUCACACCUGAAACGUUGUUUUGCUUAUUGUGCAAUAUUUCCCAAGGGUUAUAAAAUCCACAAGGAUGAAGUAAUCACUCCAUGGAUGGCACAAGGUUUCUUAGUCCAGCGCAGAGGCGAUGAGGAGAUGGAAGAUAUAGGUGAAAAAUACUUUGAUGAUCUUGUCUCCAGGUCACUUUUCCAGCAAUCAACUGAUGAUUCUGUUUUCAGCAUGCAUGACAUCAUAAGUGAUUUAGCUGAAUACGCGUCAGGAGAAUUUUGCUUUAAAGAAUCGGGCUCUAGGUUGGAGGGUGAACAUUCAUGCUCGCUUCCAGAAAGGACUCGUUAUUUAUCAAUCACUUCAUAUAGCGGAGGACUUCGUAGUUUUCAUGGAGGCCAACAUUUGCGCGUCUUCUUUCUGCCUUAUUUUUUGGAAGAUGAUAGAGAGUCACUGGAUGACAUCUGGCCAAAUCUUAAGCGCUUGCGAAUGCUAUCUUUAUUUCAUCUAAAAGAUAUUUCUUCUCAGUUGCUCAAUUCCAUUGGCAACUUAAAACAUUUGCGCCACUUGAACCUUUCUUGCACCGCCAUUGAAAGGUUACCUGAUAGUGUGUGCACCUUGUACUAUUUGCAAAGUUUAUGGUUGGAGGGGUGCCGGCAUCUCAUGGAGUUGCCAUCCUACAUUUCCAACUUGAAACAUUUGCGGACCUUGGACCUUCGCAAGACAUCGAUUGAAAGGUUACCUGAUAGUGUGUGCACCUUGUACUAUUUGCAAAGUUUAUUGUUGGAGGAGUGCCGACAUCUCAUGGAGUUGCCAUCCAACAUUUCCAACUUGAAACAUUUACGGCACUUGGAACUUUCUUGCACCGCCAUUGAAAGGUUGCCCGAAAGUGUUUGCACCUUGUACUAUUUGCAAAGUUUAUUGUUAAAGGAGUGCCGACAUCUCAUGGAGUUGCCAUCCAACAUCUCCAACUUGGUCAACUUACAACAUCUUGACGUUGAAGGGACAAAUUUGAAAGAGAUGCCACCAAAAAUGGGGAAACUCACAAAGCUUCGAAUUUUGGAAUCUUACAUCGUGGGAAAAGAUAGCGGGUCUAGCAUGAAAGAGCUGGGCAAGCUCUCACAUAUAAGGAAAACACUUUCUAUUCGGAAUCUCAGAGAUGUUGCAAAUGCUCAAGAUGCUUUGGAUGCCGAUUUGAAGGGUAAGAAGAAGAUUGAGGAGUUGGGGUUGACGUGGGUUGGCAGUACGGAUGACACACCACACGAGAGAGAAGUACUUGAGAGAUUAGAGCCUUCUGAAAAUGUGAAAGAGGUUGCCAUUAAUGGUUACGGGGGUACAACGUUUCCAGGCUGGCUUGGAAAGUCUUCUUUCUCAAAUAUGGUACAGUUGACACUUUCUGGAUGUAAGAACUGCACCCUUUUGCCACCAGUGGGGCAGCUGCCUUCUCUAAAACAGCUCCAAAUUAAUGGAUUUGAUGAAGUCGUGGCUGUUGGUCCUGAGUUUUAUGGAAGUGACUCUUCGAUGGAGAAUCCAUUUAAAUCCCUCAAACUAUUGUUAGGAUACUGACAUGCAAACCCGAUA